AUGGUCCUCACAGAGGUUUGUGGCAGAAAGCAGUCAGCAGCCUUAGCAUGGAAAGCUGUGAGAAGGCAGUUGGGACCAGAUGUACCCAAGGAGGAAGAUUCAAGUGCCUCAGAUGGAUCAGGUGAUGGCAGGCUCUAUCUUACAGAGAGCCCCUUGAUGCAGGACUCUUCCAGUCAUCAUGUUCAUCCUCCACACACAGCUUUACAGCAGGGAGGCAGCCAACCCCUGCCCACUUCCUUGCCAACCUGCACGACUGCAGUCCAGGAUCUAGCCACCUUGCUGGCUGAGGCCGUGGGCAGGACUGGCACAGGGGCCUUCAGGCCAGGCUCAGCCAUCGCGACAUCUCGAAACUCUCAGAACCCAGGCAGGUUACAACGACCUACUUCCAGCACUCUUCCUAUUGCUUCAGCGUCUUCCUUCCAGGCGGCUACCCAGAUCUACAGCCGGAAACUAUCCCGGCCAGUCUCAGCCACAGCUGGAUCGGGUGUGCGAUACCUCCAACGGCAGCGUGCAGGAACAGUUGGCACACUCGGGGAAGGUGAUCACCGCCCCACUCCAAGCGAAGACUUGAACCAUGAAGCCAUCUCCAUCGUGCUGCAGCGCUUGGCAGCGAAGCAGAAAGCUCGGCAAUACUCAGCCUCCAGUCAUCUCAAUCUCCUAACGCAGCAAUUAUCCAACAUGAACCUGGCAAGUGGAGCACUGAGCAGAGGAAACAUGUUUAUGACUCCAGGUCUUCAGUCAUCAAACAAAAACUUGAGUCCGAUGUGCACUGCCCAUCCUGACCUUCAGGCACCCAACUCUGGAUCAGUCGAAAGAAUCACUUCUGCAGCAUCCCGAGGUCCUAUGGAUGUCCUGAGCUGGGAGCGUGAGGUUGAGUGUGCAUAUAACACAGUGACGGGAGUGACUCCAAAGCAGAGAUACAAGCCAACGUCCGGGAGCCAGCAACUGCAGUAUGCACUGCAACAGCUGCAACAGCAACAGCAGCAUUCCCGACAGCUACUGGAUACCAGUCGAGCCCGGCACCAGGCAAUCCUUGCAGAAAACCAGCUGCUAGCCAUGGAAGCUAGCACCCAGUGGCCAGCACCCCUCGGAGCAGAGAAUCAAACCUCAGUGGGCAGCAACCCCUGCAAUCAGUGGCCAGUGAGCCAGCAGAAACCAGAGGCCUCUAAGAGCAGCACCCCACUCCUCCCACCGAGACCACCACCGAGUAACAAGCAAGGGAUGGCCAGAAAGACAGCCGCUCAGAGGAUACCCGGAGUAAUUGCCUUUGACAGCCAGCUAUCAGGACGAGCUCUGAAGACAAACUUGGCUGAAUCGGUCCCAUCGAAUAGCACAGCUCAGCCUAGCAGCAACAGCAGGCUAACCCUCACCUUUACACCAAGAAACACAUCGGGAAAUAGGAGUGAUUGGACCAGCUGAUCCUCGCAGGCCGCAUUCCCUGAAUCCACUGGUACAAAGGGAUUGAGGAAUCUAUUGGUUCAGAGAGAUCGAAGAAUCCACAUCAGAGAUUUUUCUUCAAUGCUGUUUCUCCCUGAAUCAUUUUAAUCUCCGCUCCCCCCCACCGUCUCCCACCGCAUCCCCCACCCACGCCCACCAGACUGGAGAUGGGCUAUGAGGUUAACGCCUGGCAGCUUCUUAAGGAACGGGAAUGGAGGACAGGAAGCGGAAACUCUCAGACUGUGGACAAUUAUAGACAAUUGGCAACUUCACCAUAGCAGUUCCUGAUAGAAUGCCCCACAGCCCCAUUCACCAUGAGAUAUACAGCAAGGAGCAAGUCAUUGUUUCCCCAUUAGAGGAAGGGCAGCACUGCCAACAGCCCAUUCUGCUCCGUGGUUCAGUAAUCAUUGACCCACCCUAUACCACAUGAGGAGGUCUGCCCACUCAUCGUUGAUGACGUCUAUCACUCCAUGGAGUUUCGUUCUGAGUGCUCCAUGUACUGCACCUUCUGCCCUUGCAGCUGCUACACAGGAUUCUAAUCACCUGAAGGAAUGCUGCAGCUUUGUGGGCAUUGCUCAGUCUGAGAAAGGAUCUUUACUACCACAGCAUGGCUCCUCACAUAGCAGUGUCCAUCUAGAACAGAGGGUGCCAUGUAGGUUGGAGACAUGGAUCUGCUUCUGUGAGCACCCGUUUAUAACCAAGUGAUUAGCAACCCGUUGGAGCCUAAUCUGUUUAUUGGGGGCUCAACACUUCUACUUAAUGGAGUCUUAGAAAGGUUGUCCUUGCUUUCUGUUGUUGGAAACAAGAUAAGAAAAUGGAACAGCAAUGAGUGGCAGCAGCUGAACUGCCCACAUGUUUAUUAUUCAAUCUUAAGAUGUGGGCUUCGCUGGCUGGGUCAGCAUUUAUUGCCCAUCCCUAAUUACCCUUGAGAAGGUGGUGGUGAGCUGCCUUCUUAAACCGCUGCAGUCCCUGUGGUGUCGG